CUCUCUCUCUCUAAAACUAUGUAUCUAUAUGUCACUCUCUCUCUCUCUCUCUCUAUUUUUGCACCCAAUGGAAAUGGCCCAACCGGACAACGGAGGAGAGGAAGAAGGGGCGAACCUCCUUCCACCGCCUUUCAAGAUUUUUAUCCGAACUCUCAUUGUCGGCAAUACCCACCUUAUAUACCUCUCUCUACCCACCAUUUUCUCAUUUAUUUUCCAUCCAAACUCAACAUUUUCCUUCCGAUUCUCUCUCUCCAAACAAAAAAACCCAGCAAUUUUCUUACCCUGAAACGAUGAACCCAAAUGAUCAAUCCUUGUUUCCUUCCUCUAGCCCACCUGGGUCUGACUCAGAUUCUCCGAUUACUCCUCAUACUUCUGGGUUUUCCACGAUUCAACCCAGUUCUUGUCCUUUACCGAUGAGCUUUGCUGGGCUAUCAUCUUCUUCUUCUUCUUCCCCUUUCGUCCCCGCUGUCCUGGAAUUCGAACCAUAUCGACAUAUGUCUGAGUUUAAAGGGAUUGUAAUCGGGGAAAAUGUUUUGAAUGUACCACCAAUUGGAACGAGUAGUGAAUUGGAAGAGAAUUUGGACACUCCUCCUCAGCCGCUUGAAGCUUUACAGGGCACUCCAAUCCCACCAUUUUUGUCGAAAACUUUUGAUAUUGUGGACGACUCAACAUUGAAUCCGAUUAUAUCUUGGGGCCUUAGGGGCGAGAGCUUUGUGGUUUGGGACCCACUGGAGUUCGCGAGGCUCGUACUUCCGAGGAAUUUCAAGCACAAUAAUUUCUCAAGUUUUGUUCGCCAACUAAAUACAUAUGGAUUUCGCAAGAUUGAUACUGAUAGGUGGGAGUUUGCAAAUGAAGGUUUCUUGCGAGGAAAGAGGCAUCUGUUGAAGAGCAUACAGAGGCGCAAGUCAACUCAAAUGCAGCAGAUUAGGAGCCAUGCUGGGUCUUCAACUGAAUUAGAGAAAGGAGGAUUGGAAGGUGAGUUAGAGAGAUUGAGGAAAGAAAAGACUUCUAUGGUACAGGAAGUUGUUGAAUUGCAGCAUCAGCAUCAUGGGACAGUCCAGGAUAUGAAUGCAGUGAAUGAAAAGCUCCAAGCAGCAGAGCAGAGGCAAAAGCAGAUGGUUACGUUCUUGGCGAAGCUAUUUCGGAACCCGGAGUUCUUAGCUCGUCUUCAGCAAAAAAAGGAGCAGAGAGCCAUUGAUUCUCCGAGAACAAUGAGGAAGUUCGUAAAACAUCAACAACAUGAACCAGGUCAAUUGAAAUCAUCCAUGGAAGGCCAGAUCAUCGAGUAUAGACCCGAGUUGUGGAACCUUGCUGCAUCUUCUAUAACCCCAGACUUGAGUCCAGCUGCUGCAAACGAAACUCCUGAUUUUCUUGUACAAGAUAGGGAAGGAAAUCUGGGUUUGGGUGCAGAAACAUUGCCUUUUCAAAUAGGUAAUAUUGUAUCAGAAGAAUUGCAUGUAACACAUGAAGUUCUCAAGACCACCGAGCAGGUUGGGGAGAGAACUUCAAGCCUAAGAACUGAAGAUCCUCUUUUCAAAGGAAAGAACGUGGUUUACCCCCAACCAGAGCUUGUCCCCGAGUAUUUUGUCUCUUUCCCGGAAGACUUGACAAAGGAGAAGAAUGUUCCAGAAUCAUUGUCUCCAGGAAUUGAAAGUCUUGUUAAGAAAGAGGAUGUAUGGAACAUUGGUUUUCAAGCAGGUGCUGGUAUGUCUAAUUCUAGCAAUGUGUUAUGGGAUAUUGUUAACAAUUAUGAUGUGCCAGAAUUGGGAAUUUCAAGCGGUUUAUCAGAUAUUUGGGAUUUAGAUUCCCUACUGGUGGCGGGAAGCUCAGGAGCUGAGAAAUGGCCAGGCGACGAUUCUCCAUUUGAUGAGCCUGAUAGCCAAGCUGGCCAAACAAACGAUGAUAUUUCUAGGAAAAUGGAUCCAUAGGGCUUCACUUGCUGUCUUGGGGGUCUUCUAGUCCUUGUUAUUAUUCUAGUUAAUGGGUUUUAACAUUGAACAUUUUAUUUUGAAUAUAUAUUCAUUUGACCAUCAUAUUCCAUUCCUUUUAA